CAUCAGUUGUGGGUCAGCGUAUGGGGUCCACCUAAGCAUCGCUUGCUUCAUCUGGUCACACCACACGGAGGCGGAAGAGGACGAACUCAAAGACCCAUGGCGGAAGCUAUGUUGGCCUCCCUACUGCCGAAUCUGGCCUCUGCUAUCGCCGCUCCAAUAUCAAACGUAGGCCACCUCUUGUCGACCGUUGGCGACGGUGUGGACUGGCUCCGGGAUGAACUCCGAAGCAUGCGCUCGUUCCUGGUAAACACGGAGACCAGCGCCACCGAAGACCACAUGAGUUGGGCCGACGAGAUCCGAGCCAUAGUCUAUGAUUCUGAGGACAUCAUCGACGCCUUCGACGCCAUCAGCUCGCAUCCCUUUGCUUGCUUCCUUUGCCAUUUGAGAUCGCGGCAUCGAGUUGGGUGGAAAAUUAGGGAGAUCAAAAAUAGGCUCGACGACCAUUUUAGGAGGAGGUCGGGGUAUAUCAAUCCAGCAGGGGAUAGAUCAACCUCACUUGACUUGCACAAUAGAUGGAUCCAUGGUCUGCUGGCUUCUUCUCCCUGGACCCAUCAAGGAGAACGUAUAGUGGGAUUCGAGGAAGAUUUUGAUGCUGUAGUUGGUCGGUUGAUGAACGGCAGCCCAGAGUUGAGUGUUCUGUCUUUGGUGGGCAUGGGAGGUGUGGGGAAAACCACGCUCGUCAAGAAGGUGUUCAAUCAUAGUGAUGUGAGAAGGCACUUCGAUCACCUGGCUUGGGUCUACGUAUCCAGAUCCUUUCGUCUCGGAAACCUCGUCAACGAAGUGGCCAAAGGGCUGAUGCAGAUCCCCUCCACGGAGAUCGACGCGCUCAGCGAGAGGCAGCUGCAGGAGCUACUGCUGAGGACUCUAAAGGAGAAGAGAUUUCUGCUGGUGCUCGACGAUGUGUGGGACAGAGGUGUAUGGGAGACCAUCAGACUCGUUCUGCCCAUCAAUGGUCAUGGAAACCGAGUGAUCAUCACGACUCGCAACAGUGAGGUGGCUGCGUCGGUGGUGGGCGCGAGGAGCUGCACGCAUGUGCUUCGGCCGCUGUCCCAUGAGGAGUCAUGGGAAUUGUUCUGUGACAAAGUGUUCGCGGUAUCGGAACCAUGCCCCGACGAGCUAAUAGAAGUAGCCGAACGAAUCGUAAGGAAGUGCCAUGGGCUGCCCUUGGCAAUAGCAAUCGUCGGAGGAAUGAUGCUGCGAAAAGGUAGAUCACAAUUGGAGUGGAAUCAUGUCCUCGAUAACAUCUACAGUGAUCUCAUCGGCAAUGAAGUUGAGGUGCAGGGUCCUCUGUUCUUGAGUUACAAGGACUUGCCUUAUCCAUUAAAGUCUUGUUUCCUACUUUGUUCCAUAUUCCCACAAGACUGGAACAUACCGAGAAAGAAAUUGAUCAGGCUAUGGAUAGCCGAAGGGCUAAUAAAAGAUGUGGAACGGGAAAGUGUGGAAGAUGUUGCUGAGAAGUACCUGAUGGAGCUUAUCAACAGAAACAUAAUUCAGAUAUCAAUAAUCAGCAGUAGUGGGCGCGUGAAGGCCUGCCGAAUCCAUCAUCUCCUCCACCAGCUCUCUAUCUCCAUAUCCAGAGCGCAGAAUUUCUCAGCAGUCUAUGAAGAUCAACAGGCCGUCAUUCCUAGUAGAGCUUCUCGUAUUUCAUUGCAAAAGAGCUCCUACGAUGCCUUGCAAAACAAAGGUUGGGAAAAACUUCGCUCUCUUUUUAUGUUUGGCAUAUUUGAUUCCCUUCACAUCAGUGAGCGUAUGUUGAAAAACCUUAGGUUACUCAGAGUACUUGAUCUAGAAAAUGCUUCUUUAGUGGAACUUCCUGGUGAGGUGGGUAAUCUAUUUCACUUGAGGUACUUAAGUGUAAGGGGGACAAGGCUUGAGAAGCUCCCUGUGUCAUUAAAGAAUCUCUGCAACUUGCAAACACUGGACAUCAGAAGAACCCAGCUGAGGAAGUUGUCAUUUGAGAUUAAACGCUUGAAGAAUCUGAGGCACCUUGAGAUGAGGCAAGACGAGAAGAGCAUCAAAGUGCCACUAGGACUCUCACGUAUGCAACAUCUUCAAGUGGUGACUGGUGUACAAGCUGACUGCACCUUUGUUCAUGAAGUCGGAAAGCUAACUGAGUUGAGAAAAUUGGCUAUUGGAGAUCUGCGAGCUGAAGAUACUGCUGUCUUGUGCUCCUCCAUCAACAACAUGGCUGGUCUGUUGUCACUGUCAAUAUUCUCCAUUGAUGUUUCUACAGCAAUAGAUCUGGAGAAGUUGAACCCUUCAUCUCUACAGAAGCUUCAUAUAGCUGGACGUCUAGAAAGAUUGCCUCACUGGUUUAGUGGCAUCAGCAACCUCACCAAGUUGAGGUUGGGUCUAUCCGGACUGUUUGCAGAUCCAUUUGAAGUCUUGCAACAGCUCCCCAACCUUGUCUUCCUUCAGCUAUACGAGGCAUACCAGGGUAAGGUGCUGAGAUGCGCCAAUCGUGGGUUCAUAAAAUUAAAGAUACUAAUAUUGACUGAUCUGAAAGAGUUGGAAGAAUGGGAGGUAGAGGAUGGAGCGAUGCGAUGCAUCCAGGAGAUGUGGAUCAUGUCAUGCUCAAAAUUGAAGACGGUACCCCUUGGACUUGAGUUCCUUGUCACACUGCAGCAGCUGAGACUAGUAAGCAUGCCAGAACAUUUUGUCAAGAGACUGAAUCCCUCCGAAGGAGAGGAUUUCAUCAAAGUCAAACAUAUUCCUUCCAUUCAGGUCAAUUAGAAUAAGGGUUGUUGAGUACUCUCAUCGUUGACAAUUGUUGCAGACUUGUCACAGAUAAUAUUAUGGUUGUCUGCAUGUUUUUCAUCCAUGUAUGAUAAAUCUGUGCAAUAAGUUAUUGAGAAGGCAUCAAUGAACUCCUCUAUUCACUGCAUAAAUAACACAAAAGGUUGUUCCAAAUUUGCAGUAAUAUCCAAGUAGAGGAGGUAAGUUGAGUAUCAGAACACAAGCAGCUAUUUUGCAGGAGAUGAUAUGAAUUAGCCAUUCCGGUGCAUUGAUUAGCAAUUCCAAUGCUUCUUGUUAAGAAAGCUUCAAGUUUUUUUGUCUCGAGCACAGCUCUGAAAAUUCUAUUUCCGGUCGAUCACCAAAGCCUCAUCAUCGAGCAGGCAGCCAUAUCAGUGAUCAUUCUUUGUUGGUCUGUCAGCCGCAGCUCCAUCAAGAUUAUGCUUCCACCUUGAUGAACCUUCUGAAUGGGCUUUCAGGAUCUUCUGAAAUUCUUUGUGAAAAAGGGCUACAUGCUGAGAGAAUGAUGGAAUGGAAGAUUUCUUCACCUACAAGCAAGUGCAGCUUGUAAACAACAAUAUUUUAGAUCCUCUGUGAGAUUUCUCUCUAUCCUGUAGUAUCUCUGUUGAUGGUUACAUGGAUGGAACUUAUAAUAAUACCUCUAUCUAGAUUCUUUUGCUGA